CAAUCAGAGGAGUGUGCUGUGAGGCAGCCAGCAGGGCUGAAACCUCAGUCUUGCUCUGGAAGCAUAAGCAAACAUGGCCCUGCGAUGGACAUUUCUCUUGGUCCUCACACCUCUGCUGGCAGCACAGGAGCUGACAGAUCCAGACCUUGAUCUCUCAGGAGAAACCCGGGAAAAAAACAUCUUCCAGGUUGUCCCUGGAACCUUGGAGAUUUCCAGCACCAGCAUCAAGCUGAACUGGACCUGCAGGCCCCCUGACACCUGCCAGGAUAUUUGGGCCAAGUGCCGGCUGGAAGAUGAUUACUCCUCCUCCUGUGAGGCUGAGGAGGUGAAGGGACAGGAGAGGCUAUAUGGCUGGAAAGGAACAUUUACCUGCCCCCCUCUGCAGCCCUUCACUCCUUACAGUGUCACCAUCUCCAUGCCCCCCAGCACAAUCCUCUUCACACGGAUCUACAGGACAAAGGAAACAGUGCCAGAUGCACCCGAGGACUUGCAGCUGGAUCCCAGCACAGGGUCCCUCGGGUGGAAGGCGCUGCCCUCCUGCAAAGGGGAGAUCAUUGGAUACCAGCUGAACAUCACAGCCAGGAGAGCGCAGGACGGCAGCUUCAUUGAUUUCCAGCAGGUGACAGUGAACCAGUCUGUCACCCAGUACACGCCACCUGCUCAGGCAGCUGGGAGCACCUACGUGGUGACAGUGCAGGGCCUCACGGCAGCUGGUGCUGGGCCAGCAUCAGUCCUGGAGUUUCAAAGCUACAUCUCAGAUGAAUGCCAAAGGCCCAAGUGGGAUUCAAGACUCAAGCUGACACCAGACUGGCAGAUUUACUGGAAGAAUGAAGAAGUGAUGCUGACCUGCCCUAAGGGAUUCCAGCCAUCCUUCACUCAUGUCAAGUGUUUAGGAGAAAACCGGCCCAUCCACAGCUGGACUUCUGUAUACAGAGGCCAAUGGGAGGGAAGGGACUACAAAGGUGACUGGAUCCACGUUCAGUCCAGCGUGGAGUGCCUGGAAAUGUGCCAAAAGCCCCCAUGGGACUCAAGACUCCAGCUGACACCAAACCAGAUGAUUUUCAAAAAGAAUGAAGAAGUGAUGCUGAGCUGCCCUGAGGGUUUCCAGCCAUCCUUCAGCCAUGUCAAAUGUGCAGGGAAAGGCAUGUCCAGCACCAUCAGGAAUCCGGAAUACACAGGCUCAUGGGACAGAAAGAAUAGCAGAGGGAACUGGAUCCCCAUCAAGUCCAACGUGGAGUGCCUGGCUUUGACAGCAACAUGCCAAAGGCCCCACUGGGAUUCAAGUCUCCAGCUGACACCAGACUGGGACAUUUACAAGAAGAACAAAGAAGUGGGGCUGAGCUGCCCUAUGGGUUCCCAGCCAUCUUUCACCAGAAUCAAAUGUUUGAGGCAGGACCAGCCCAUCAGCAAAUGGAAUAAUGCUUCCAGAGGAGUCUGGCAUGCAAUGCCCAGACAAGGUUUUUGGAUCAACAUUCAGUCCCAUGUGGAGUGUAUCGCUGUGCUAGAAAUGUGCCAAAGGCCACAGUGGGACCGAGAGCUUCAGCUGACACCAGACCAGGAGAAUUUCAAAAAGAAUGAAGAAGUGAUGCUGAGCUGCCCUGAGGGUUUCCAGCCAUCCUUCAGCAGUGUCAAAUGUGCAGGGAAGGUCCUGUCCAGCACCGACAGGAAACUAUACACAGACUCAUGGGAGGGAAGGGACAUCAGAGGGAACUGGAUCCCCAUCAAGUCCAGGGUGGACUGCAUCGACAUUCGCAAGGUUGUCCCUGGGACCUUGGAGAUUUCCAGCACCAGCAUCAAACUGAACUGGACCUGCAGGCUCCCUGACACCUGCGAGCACAUGCUGGCCAUGUGCCAGCUGGCAGAGCAUUCCUCAGCUCCCUGUGAGGCUGAGGAGGUGAAGGAAGAGGAGAGGCUACAUGGCCAGGAGGGAACAUUCACUUGUCAGUCUCUUCAGCCUUUCACUCUCUACAGUGUCACCAUCUCCCUGCCCCCCAGCACAAUCCUGUACUCGUGGUUGGCCAGAACAGAAGAAACAGUGCCAGAUGCACCUGAAGACUUGCAGCUGGAUCCCAGCACAGGGUCCCUCAGGUGGAAGGCACUGCCCUCCUGCAAAGGGGAGAUAAUUGGAUACCAGCUGAACAUCACGACGAGGAGCGCGCAGGACGGAGCCUUCCUGCAGCUCGAGCGGCUGCGGCUCAACAGCUCGGUCACCGAGCACCCGCUGCAGGAGCCCCGCGCCGGCAGCACCUACCUGGUGUCGGUGCGGGGACUCACGGCCGCCGGAGCCGGGGCUGCGUCGCUCCGGCAGUUUCCGACCAACAGCCCGGACGCCCCGCACCCUCUGGGCAGCAGCUGCCGCGGCGCCCGAGACGUCUCCCCGAGCCAAGGCACGGCCGUGCUGCCCCUCCGCCCCCUCGCCCGGCCCCCCGAGGCCGAGAGGGAGCACCAGCUCCUCGUGGCCGCCACGCACGACGGCGCCGGCCCCGCGCUGGAAGGCGCCUGCUCGGGGCAGCCGCAGCCCUUCAACGCCAGCCGGCAGCCCGCUGCCUACCUGGCCGCCCUGCUCAACCUCACCGCCCCCACGGACUUCGUGCUGGGCCAGGGGGCCCGCGGGCAGGGCUACCACAACGCGGCCCUGCGCCCGGGAUGCAGCUACACGGCCCUGCUCCGCCUCGUCCGCCGCUCGCACCAGACGGAGACGUUCACCUGUGUGUGCUACAGCUUCUCCCUGGAGCCGGAGCUGGUGCCUCUGCUGGGCAGGAUGCACGUGAUUAUUGGAGUAGCAGUAGUAAUUGCACUCCUGGCACUGGGAAUUUUGCUGCUCUUCAUGCUUUUCAGGCGAAAGUACAACAGUUCAAAAACCUCAGAGACCAGCAGUGCUAUUCCCCUGCGAAGAUGUCGAGGAGGUGUGUGCAAACUGAACACACAGAUCCCAGUGGAGGAGCUGCUGGAGGCUGUGAAGAGUUUUAAGAGGGCAGAAAUAGAGGCAGAGCAGACAGAGGAUGAAUCAGACAACAGGCAUGGUGCUGGGCGUCUGAGAGAGUAUCAGCAACUGUCCUCCACUCUGUUGCAUUCCUGCAAUGCUGGGAAGGAGCUGUGUAAUCAGAGCAAGAACCGCUACAAGAGCAUCAUCCCGUGUAAGCAGAGCUCUCCAGGGCUUGGCACAGGCACUUGGACCUGGUUGGGCAGUGCAGGGUGCUGGGCAACUGUAGGUGCCUCUCCAGCUAUUCAGCAAUCCUGA